GUGAGUUGGAGGAAGAGCUGCUCUGACACCUCAAUAAGUCAUACAUUUUGAGGCCAAUGUGCUGAAGUUUUCCGGGUCUUAGUUAGGGAAAGAGGACGAAACAUCUACAUUUUCAACGCCCAUAAUUCGUUAUAUGGGUCAGAUAACUGGAUUUUAUCGAGCUGUUUUGCUAAUCGAGGGCGGUCACUGCUGCAUAACACAAAAACAAACGUGUAAUUUUCGCUUCAUUUAGGGACAGAAAGGCUUGUUUUUACUACGUUUUUAUUUUAUUUUAAGAGCUCAUAUCGCAUGUUAAUGGUGAUUAAAUUAUUGAUACCACGAUGGCAGUGAAGGCUCAGGUAUUAUAUGACUUCCCCGCUGAGCCUGGCAACAAUGAGCUGUCUGUUCAAGAAGGAGAAAUACUCACGGUCACUAACCAGAAUGUAGGCGGUGGCUGGGUAGAGGCUCGGAAUUCCAGAGGAAAUGUAGGCCUGGUGCCCGAGGACUAUAUUGAGAUUAACCCUGUUUCCACACAAGCAUCAGCAACAAAGUACAUUGAUGCUCAGAAUCAAGGUUACAACAGCAGUUCAGCAAACACUCAGGGGGUUAACGGGAAUGAGGCUUGGACUGCCACGACAUGGUCCAACAACAACCCUGCGGACAACUGGAACUACACUGAACAGGAACCAGCAGGCAAUAAUGAUUCUGUCUAUUCCUUUGAUGAGGAAUGGGACGAUGAUUCCGAUGAUGGAAAGUCGACAGUCGGUUAUGGAGGUUCACAGAUGGAAGAGGGCGGAACCAUGCAGCGGGGCGGGGGUCACUCUACUAUGAAAAUAUCCCUCAACAAGUUUCCAGGGUUCUCCAAGACCCCAAAUCCAGAGGUGUAUCUGCUUACCAAGAGCAUAGCUAAAGGAAAUGACAAACUGCCAAUUUAUGCGGGCGAGGUGGGUCCAGUAUGGUUGUAUCCACAAAUUCAGUUAGAUUGUGUAGUGGCUGAUCCCAAAAAGGGGUCAAAAAUGUACGGCCUGAAGAGCUACAUCGAAUACCAGAUCACACCUAAUACUACAAACAGACCGGUCAACCACAGAUACAAACACUUUGACUGGUUAUAUGAGAGGCUUGUAGAGAAGUUUGCCUGUGCUCUGCCAAUCCCAUGUCUACCUGACAAACAAGUUACAGGCCGAUUUGAAGAGGAAUUUAUCAAAAUGCGCAUGGAACGCCUGCAGGGCUGGAUGUCCCGCAUGUGCCGGCAUCCGGUGAUCUCAAAUAGUGACGUUUUCCAGCUCUUCCUUAACUACAGAGAUGAGAAGGUGCGUUUGGAGCAGAAGUAUGAAAUGUACAGCCAAUUUACUAGAUCUAUGGACAACAGUGUUAAAGAACUACUGGCUGUUGGGCAUCUUCACUGGAAGAGAUGUACAGGCCCAUUACAAAAGGAGUAUCGGCAGAUUGGAAAAGCAUUUCAGAACCUAUCAUCGGUUUUCAACACUAGUGCAUACCCAAGGGAAUCAACUCUGACGGAAGCAUUGAGUGCAACAGGAAAAACGUAUGAGGAAAUAGCAGAACUCGUUGCAGGACAGCCAAAAAAAGAUCUACACUUCCUGAUGGAGACAAACAACGAAUACAAGGGACUACUAGGCUGCUUCCCUGACACAGUAGCAGUUCACAAGGCUGCCAUUGAUAAAGUAAAAGAGGCUGAUCAUUUGGUGACGAUGAAUAAGGUUAGCCAACAAGAUAAACACAUUAUGGAAAAGAACCUCAGCACCAUGUCUUAUGCAUUGCAAGCGGAGAUGAAUCACUUCCAUAGCAACCGUAUCUAUGACUACAACAGACUCAUGCAGUUCUACCUGGAGGAACAGGUGAAAUUCUAUGAAACGAUUGCUGAAAAGCUGAAGAAAGCGCUUGGUCAGUAUACCACCAUAUAAGGACUCGCUCUAAACUGUGGAACUUCAAAAAAGGAUGCUGCUUUUGCUUUUUUUAAUGCUAAUUCACAAUUAACCAUCUUGUUUCCACAAACUUCUGUAUUGUUGCAUUGUA